AUGGUCUCAAAACGUCGACUUGCGCAAGUUAAGAAGGGAAAGGAUGUUUCUGGACCCGCCGAAGCACCUUCUAUCGAAGCAGAAAGCAGAGAACAACGCGAAGAAGGUAUGCUUCUGACCAAGCUGCAUACGAUUUUGGCGGAUAAAGCUCCUGAAGCUUUGCCGCUUCUUAAUCGUUUGUUGAACUUGGUCAGACAAUCGGCCAGUCUAGAGCUUCUGAUCAAUAAAAAACGAUCCCGCUCCAUUGUUAUAUCUGGGGUGCCGGAACUUAACAAUGGUAUCGCAUCCGAACGUCAAGCACAUACGGAGAAAUCUGUCAUAUCGGUGUUCUUGACAAAUUGGAUAUCGAAGCAAAGCUUACUGAAAUCUACAGACUAG